CAGGGGGCGUGUCCAGACAGGCACAAAGUUCACCACAGGGGGAAUAACCGACGCACCGUUAUCGGGCUGAACCACGAAUAAAGGCGCCAGAGGGGAAACGAUCUGCUCGGACACACCGUUACUCAGCCGCCGUCUUCCCGACCGCUCCUCCCACAAUCCCCCGGUGCCGCGGCUCGGGUUGCAGCACAAUGGCGGCUCUGAGUGUGGCUUCGUUUGCGAAGGGGUUGACAGGGCUAGGGCUGCUCAGCUGCCCGUGGGCCAUGAGGUUCAAAUUUUCUCCACUACCAAGGCACAUUUUAAGCUGCAGCAACUUGUGCGAAGCAAUACGAAAGUUAUCAUUGGAUAAGCCCCCCAUCAUCCCUCCGAAACGGCCACUCUCUGCUUACCUGCGUUAUGUGAUGGAGCAGCAACCAAUCUUGAUAAACCAAAAACCAGAUCUCACCGUGACAGAAAGGAUUAAAUACAUUGCUCAGGAUUGGAGACAGUUAACUGCAGAUCAGAAGCAACCAUAUGAAACUGCAGCAAAUGAUAGUAGAGUGAAAUAUAGGUUGGAAAUGGCAGCUUUCAAAGCCCAACUCACUCCAACUCAAUUAGCUGUUCUGAAGGAAGAAAGGAGGUACAAGCUGGCGAAACGAAGGACAAUAAGGCAGAAGCGAAAGCUUACAAUGUUGGGAAAGCCUAAACGUGUACGGUCAGCUUUCAAUAUCUUCAUGGCGGAGAAGUUUGAGGAUGCUAAAGGUGAAACUUCCAAGGCAAAGCUGAAGAAUCUCUAUGAUAUGUGGCGAAAUUUAUCAGAUACUCAGAAACAGAUGUACAGUCAACUGGCUGAGGAUGAUAAAAUCCGUUACAAGAAUGAAAUCAAGUCCUGGAAGGAACAUAUGAUUCAGACAGGACAUGAAGAUGUUAUCCACACAAUGAAGAAAAAGGAAAGAGCUGAAAGGUCACCAGGGGUGACAUCAAAAUCAAAUCAAACUGCAUUGCAAGCAACUUACACAGAAACAGGCAGCAGUUAGGCGCAAGAAAAAAUUUGAAGAAUAAAUUUAUUUUUAAGUGAGCUAUUUUUUAUUGACUACACUGCUAACUGUUGAAAACUGACUACUGUUCCAGCCAUUCAAGAAUGGAAUAUAAUCCUGAAUGAUUUUGUCAGGUCUUUGAACUUCCCUGCAGAGAAACAAUUUGUGAUACUAGGGCUUGUGUUAUCAUACUUCAUACUUCAUGGAAAUUUAGUAUAUGUGGUCUGAGUUGGGUAAAUAUGAGGAGCCUCUUGGCUUCAGCUGAAGGAAUGUUACUUAACAAUUGUAAAUAUACAAGUGUUAUCUGAAAUCAUGUUAAAAUCAUUCUUGUGAUCUACAUAUUCUGGAGUUAGAGAGCUCGCUUAUGGACAGGAUCUGUCACGCAACUUUUUUUUUUACAAAUUUUGUUUUAUGAACUGAACUAAUGAUUGCAACAAAUUAUCUGCUGAAGAAUCUUCAAUUAUGUUAUGUAAAUAAAUGUUCAAAUUUGCAUAAAAUAUUUGUAAAAUGUUCUCUGCAAUUAAUGUUGUAGAACAUUCCAUGGUAUUUAAUCUGGGAGGGAAAUAUAUGGGGCUAAGUUAACAAAACUACAAGACAGAAAGCUUGCCUGCAGGGUAGAGUUUUGGGUAAGACUGAAACACAGGGUCUUCAGGCCUGCCCCUCCACCCCACCCUACCCCACCCC